UUCAUCACCACCUCCCUUGGCAUUUCUAUUGGCCUUUUCCCUCACUUAUCGGGCCCUCCUAUUCAUCCUUAUAUCUCCAUCCCACGUUCUACACCAGACCACCCCAGGACGAAUCAACGCCAAGCUUCGACUUACAAUCCUUCAUCCCAGCUUCCAGUGUCCCGUCCGGGGCGUUAGGAUGGCUGCUUAGACGGGUGCACGCCCCCCAGUCUCGUUUCUUUCUCCUCUUGACCUCGUAUGGCUCCCAUUGAGGCAACGCGUGGCUAAAUAGUCAAGGCGACUCUCCGACUGCCUGGACAUGAUGAACCAUCAUAUGCCCGCAAUGCCCCAUGGGCAGCCACCCAUGCCUACUCCUCGACGACAGCAAGAUGUUCCUUACACUGCAGGCCCUCCCAAUAUGCGAUCCCCUCCUGCCUACAUGGGGUACCACCCCCAUAUGAACGGCCAUCCUCCUCCGGCCGCAUACUCGCCGCAGCAGUACCCUCAUUGGUACCCGCCUUACCCUCCGAUGCAGCAGCUCCCUCCACGCCCUUACCAACAACACCCUUACGGAGGACCGAUGUUUGUGUCUGCCUAUGGUCCCUCCCAGCCUAUAAUGGCGCCCGCCCAUAUUCCUCCCCCGUCUCUUCCUAUGCAGCCGAGGACCUCCUCUCCCCUAAACACCAUGUCUCCUCCAGUCGGAAUUCCGCCUUUGCCGAUUACCACUCAGGCGCAGUCCCCCGCCACUGUUCCCGUGCAUCCUAUACUGAGUCCUGCUGUGUCCUCAUCCCCUGGCCCGGCGCCUGUAAAGGUUGCUCCAGCGCCCAAGGAGCCUUUUCGCCCACCGCUUCCUUGGCUAUCCGUUGCCGACCACCCUUUCCCUGCUCGAGUUCCAGGCAGACGUCGGAGAAGCCGCCUUCUCCAUUCUUCAUCUGUUCCAGUCGAGCUCCCUCCAAAGGAGUCCCAGCGGAAUGACAAGCCUGAGCCACAAAUUGAAACCAAAGGCCCGGAGAAUGAACAGACACCGUCGGAACCCCAAACCCCGACCUUGUCUGCGGCGCCGUCAGUCGCGAAUUCGACACAACCCACGACCCCUUCUUCAGUUGCUCCGAACCUCUCUGUCCGUCCUCGUUCACAGUCAAAAGGGUCCAAGCCAGCCGUCCCGUUAGUUCCUGUCGUUCCCGUCGUUCCUGCUCCUAGUACACCUCGUCAGGCGACCAAGGAUGAUCCUAGUCGCUCAUCCGAAACGCCUAAAUCGGCGAGUGUGAGCGGUGCGGCUCAGGAGAAUGCGAACGAAGUUCCCCAGGAGCCGUCUCAGGCGAAAGCUGAGGAGACUACUAAGCAGGCCUCGCCUGCACCUUCGGCACCCAAGUCGUGGGCAGAUUUGGUCCGAUCAAAGGCUCUGGCUAAAGGAGCCAAUGCUCCCAAUGCACCCUCGACCGUGUCAAAUGGCGUGAUCAAGCCCAAGAGUGAGUCUCUUGCCGACGUCUUGACGAGUCUGGGAGAAGAUGUCUCGCAGUACAGCGAUAAGGUUGCGUUCCUCGAACCCAGAGGCCUUGUGAAUACUGGCAAUAUGUGCUACAUGAAUUCUGUGCUUCAAAUUCUGGUUUCUUGCGCUCCUUUCUACCAAUUCUUGGAGCACAUUGGGCGGAGAGCGUCCCACAGUUUUCAUAGCGAAUUUCCGAUGAUUGAUGCCCUGAUCAUGUUUAUGAGAGAGUUCCGCAUCAUCGAUGCCGCAGAAACCGAGGAACAGCUGAGGCUUAGGUUGAAACCCAACGAACUCGAGGAGUACGGCGAAUCGUUCAUUCCGGAGUUUGUUUAUGAGGUGAUUCGGCAAUUGCCGCGCUUCCGAGACAUGCGGAGAGGUCAUCAGCAAGAUGCUCAAGAGUUUCUAGGCUUCCUCCUCGAGGAGAUGCACGAAGAGUGCAGUCGCGCCGCAAAGGACGCCCCUGUAGCUUCCUCGGCCCCCGAGGCGGAUUCCACCAACGAAGAGUCUGGCGAUGGAUGGCUGGAGGUCGGUCACAAGCAGAAAGCGGCCGUCACGCGCUCAUCUGGACACAUUGCUUUGGAAUCGCCAAUCACGAAGAUCUUCGGUGGAAAGAUCCGGUCGGAGUUCAGGGUGCCUGGCAACAAGACCUCCGUGACGUUGGAGCCUUACCAGCCACUGCAGCUUGACAUUGGAUCACCUGAGAUUAACAACAUCAUCGACGCUCUCAAGGGUCUUACCAAACCAGAAAGCAUCCAGGGAGACUUCAACUCCUCCCGUGGUCCUAACGUCACAGCUACCAAACAGAUUUUCAUUGAAAAUAUGCCGCCUGUUCUUAUCCUUCACCUGAAACGGUUCCAGUACGAUAGUGUGACCAGGGGCACUCAGAAGAUCUGGAAGAAGGUCGGAUACCCGCUCGAUCUGGAGAUCCCCCGCGAGGUCUUUCCGCCUAACAAGCGCAAUAUUAUGAUGGCACAGGGUGGUCUGCCCAAGUAUCGACUCGUCGGUGUCAUCUACCAUCAUGGCAAGAACGCCAGCGGCGGUCACUACACCGUAGAUGUUCGUCGUCAAGAUGGACGUGAGUGGAUCCGUCUCGAUGACACCGUGAUCCGCCGGGUUCGGAGUGAGGACGUCGCACAGGCUGGGGGUGAAGAAGACCCCAAGGUUCUCGCGGCCGCGCUCGAGCAACACAAGCGCGACGGUCCCAACGCCAACAUCUAUGACCGUAUUGACCAGGACGACUAUGAGCAGUCGGAUAACGAGCGAGGCUGGAGCCAAGUGAACGGCACCAGCGGCCACUCAAGCAAGAAAUCCACCUCAGGCGCAGCCUCGGCCCCUUCUGGCACACCCUCCGGAGUCCGGACCCCCCUGGGACGGUACGGAUCCCGGGAUAACAAGGUGGCCUACUUGUUGUUUUACCAGCGCAUCGCCUGAUCGGGCGUGUUCUGGGGAGGUUGGGUCUCCAGAGUCGUUUGGUGAACCACGGAGAAAACAAAGAAAACCAGCACGCGCGAAUCGUUUCUUCAAAUGUAUCUGCCCUGUCCCCCACAAGGUAGAUGUCUCCACAUGCCGACACUGUCCCAUGGUCGGCCGAAUGUGGUUUUGACACCUCAUUAAACACGUAUCAACCGAGUCAGCUCACUCAAGGAGUCUGUGUUCUCACCCUCUGUCAAGGAUUGCUGCUGCGAGGAUACAACGGAUCUGCAGGGAGAUGUUGGGCGCUUUUUCUCUGGCUAUCUGGACAUCCUUCGCAGCCGCAGUCAACCCGUUGCAUUUGCUUGCUG